AUGGAUUCCGACCUGCAGCGGCUGCCAUCGCCUCGGCCCUUGGCAUCGGGCCUGCCCAUCGUCGACGAUACACCUAGUCUAACGGCAGAACUAGGCCCCUUCGACCCAGACUCCCAGUCCUUUACGCCUUUCCGUAAUGCGAUCGACAAAGUCGAAUCGCAACCUCUUCAGAAUGCGACUCACGCCGAUAACUCUGCCUUUUUGCGGCCUCCACGGCCGGGAGAGCCAGUGGAUACUCUUCUGACAGCAUCGCAACCACAUCAGCAAUCCCAGUUGCAUCGAGACCACGGGAGCCAUGUCGCUUCGCACUUGCAACACCCGUCCGCAAAUCACGGCUUUGAUCAAUCUAGGACCACGGGCAAUGGCGUGGGAAAGAGCCAAAUUGGAAUCUCUGCCUCGGCGCACAUUGAACAAUCCUUGGAUGACUCGGUCGCAGCGAAAAUGCCGUCAGCGACAUCACUGUCGCAAAACGGGCUUGCUCUGAGCGAUGCGCACGACGCCCAGAGAAAUGGCAUGGCCAUGCUUCAAUCGCCAGGCCAGUCCUUUCAACAUCCAGACUUGGUCGGCCUGGAACCCGGCUCGGUUGGAUCUACAAAUUUUGCCGGGCAACUGCAGGGCAUGAAGCUAAUCCCGGAUCCACCUGAUUUGGAGUACUGGAGGGAGAGAUUGUUUCAUGUUGAUGAGACAAUCACCUUGAGCGAGGAACAAUUUCAAGUCUACUUUCCGCAUGUCGACAACGUUUACUCCCAUCGCUCUACCCAGCGAUACAAGCGCAAGCCAUUUGUCUCCCACUACUGGGACUGUCGAUUGAAGGGCCGGCCUCCCGGGACUCCAAAAUCCGACGACCCAAACAAGAAGAAGCGCAAGCGCACCGCACGAGAGCGGGAUCUCUGCGACGUCAAGAUCAAGAUCACAGAGCACUUUUCUGGCUCUGUAGUCACUGACAUGAGCAGUGGCAUCGAUGCCUUGCCGUCAGAUUUGUUGCCUGGGGUCAACACCCUUUUUAACCAUGGUGAUGCGGUCCAGGACAACCAACCUUUUGUGAAUGGCAACGGCGCCAAUGGGAAGAAUGACGGCAUCGGAGGCGGUCAUCGACAUACAUUGGAGGAAAGCGACCGAGUCAAGAAGAAUAGUGUCCAGCGGCACUUUUUGAAAUGGGCCAAAGAGAAAAAGAAAGCUUCGGUAUGUCUGUUGCGUGCUCCCAGCUGGACUGUGUCGGGGGGAGGGGCUUGGCGCUCCCCGCAAAACCCCCGGCUACGUCACACCCCGUUUACAUCGGAGGCACAGUCCAACAUUGGAAACCACUCUCAAGUCAUGUCCGACGCAAGCCAAACACAAAAGACGUAUCAUACCAAAGCGACGGGAUUGGCUGCUACGACGGCGAUCAACCAUGCCGCUGAGGACAGUCUCAAACUAUACGGAAGCUGUUUCUGUCCUUUUGUGCAGCGGGUAUGGAUUGCAUUGGAACUCAAAGGCAUCCCAUAUCAAUAUAUUGAGGUUGACCCGUACCAAAAACCCACGUCUUUGCUGGAGGUGAAUCCGCGGGGACUGGUACCAGCAUUGCGGCAUGGCGACUGGGGGUGCUACGAAAGCAAUGUGCUGCUAGAAUACCUGGAGGAUUUGGGAACUGGGACAGCACUGUUCCCAGCAGAUGCAAGGCUGCGUGCUCACUGCCGACUAUGGGCAGACCAUAUCAACCGGAAUAUCGUGCCGAACUUCUAUCGGGUAUUGCAGGAACAAGACGAGCAGAAACAGAUUGCCAAUGCACAGGAGCUACGGAAUGCUUUCAACCUGCUGAUCGCCGUGGCGCAUCCCCAUGGGCCCUUUUUCUUAGGACCACAGCCCUCCUUUGUGGACAUUCAAGCUGCGCCGUGGGUUCUUCGGCUGAGCCGAGUGCUGAAGCCCUAUCGGGGCUGGCCGGAUGUCGAGGAGGGAAGCAGAUGGGCCGUCUGGGUGAAUGCAAUCGAGAGCAAUGAGCACGUGCAGGCAACCACCAGCACGGAUGAGCUCUACCUCGACAGCUACGAGCGAUAUGCCCAGAACCGGCCGAAUACGUCCCGGGUUGCGAAUGCAAUCAAUGCGGGACGGGGUCUCCCUUGA